UGUUGAAGCAUUUUUCAGGCAGCGUGAAAUAUAAAUUUAAAUUAAAAGCAAUUAGGCUCCUAAAAAUAAAUCAGAGAUAACAAGUAAUGCUAAUUUCACGAAGAGCUGCUUAAAGCUCACAAGCUGCGCAGCCACCGUUUGUUACGUACUGAUUCUUUGCACAUUUCACAUUGUGCCAGUGAAUGAAAAGAAAAGAAGUAAUUUUAACGAAAAAUGGGAAAUUUUGCUAUAACGCUCUUGACGGGGAUUGUCAUCUUGAGGAUCGUUCUCGGAGCUCAUUUUCACGGACACGAGUAUAAACAGUACCACGACAACCGCGUUAAUGGAGGUCAACUUCCAAUGACCGCUUCCUAUGAAGUAAAUACGACCAGGAAAUCGUAUUACGACAAUGAUAUAAAAGAAGAAGUAAAAUCGCGCUUUGAAGACAAGGAUAGUUUCUGGAACAAACGGAAAAAGAGAAAUGGCAACAAUAGCGAUAAUGCAGAAUUGGCACGUUGCGACAAGAAUCAAACUUUCUGCGAGGAUGUCCCGAAUUAUCCUCAGGAGUUAGUGAAUGAAAUUCUCGCCAAGAAUCCCAAUCUGUUACAUUAUGCGUUCGAUGAUAUUGGCGUUUCACCGCAAUUUGACGAAGAGGAUUUACUUUGUCUGUCUAGGGUGGAAAUAGUUCACCCGAAAUUGGCUAUGAAUAUACAAAAUCAAUGGAAGUACAUCCUUCAGGCGGAAAAUUUUCGUCAAGGUGCACGGAUCGAAAUUUGCGUAGAACCAGAGACUAAGUGCAGGUUGAUCGACGAUAUCGCCGAAGGUUACAUCGCAUCAUGCAAGCAGAAUUAUAUUUAUCUCAUGUUCCUUGCUAUAUCCGGAGACCAGGCCCGUCCUGAUUACUUUAAACUUUAUUCGAACUGCUGCUGCCACGUUGAAUUUAAUCCGACGAAGAAAAGAUGAGACCAAGAUUGUUUUUAGGGACAACUUCCGUCCUCGGGUUAUGCAAAAUUUAUCUUAAGUAUAAGAAUAUUUAAGAAAAUAUUUAAGCAUAUUUAGAUACUUUUAAGCUAUAUUAUUUGCGUAAAAAAUAGUUGGCCACCAAGUUUUUCUUCAGGGCACAUGACCGAAAAAGACGAUUUUGCUCGUACUACGACCCUUGCAGAACGUUGUAUGCCGAGUAAGAAAUUUUGAUGAUCUGAAAGAAUAAAAAUUAAAAUCUUUUGUACGGCACGUACAAAUCAAAGUAUAA